UUGUUUCUUAUCUGUCUUCCUGUAGGAUUUUAUGCUACACCUGGUUCAAGACUUUGAAACAGGGCAUUGAACUGUCAAUGCAUGUUCGUGUGGUAACAUUCAGCUGGCUACUUUAAAUAGAGGAAGAUGCAGAUCCUCGGCCUGGUGGUCUGUCUUUUCCUUUCGGUCCUGCUUUCUGGGAGGCCCACGGGGUCCAUUCCACAUGUGGACCCCGAAGCAAACAUGAACGUGACCGAAAUGAUCAGGUACUGGGGAUACCCGAGUGAGGAGCAUAUGAUCCAGACAGAGGACGGGUAUAUUCUGGGUGUUCACCGAAUCCCUCAUGGCCGGAAGAACCAUUCUCACAAAGGUCCCAAACCAGUUGUCUAUCUUCAGCAUGGCUUCCUGGCAGAUUCUAGUAACUGGGUCACAAACUCUGACAACAGCAGCCUGGGCUUCAUUCUGGCCGAUGCUGGUUUUGAUGUGUGGCUGGGGAACAGCAGAGGAAACACCUGGUCUCUGAAACAUAGGACUCUCUCCAUUUCUCAGGAUGAAUUCUGGGCCUUCAGUUUUGAUGAGAUGGCAAAAUAUGACCUACCUGCUUCAAUUUAUUACAUUGUGAAUAAAACUGGUCAAGAACAAGUGUAUUAUGUGGGUCAUUCUCAAGGCACCACCAUAGGUUUUAUAGCAUUUUCACAGAUACCUGAGCUGGCAAAGAAGAUUAAAAUGUUUUUUGCCUUGGCCCCUGUGGUGUUUCUCAAUUUCGCCUUGAGCCCUGUGAUCAAGAUUUCAAAGUGGCCAGAAGUUAUUAUUGAGGACUUGUUUGGACACAAACAGUUUUUCCCCCAGAGUGCUAAACUGAAAUGGCUGAGCACUCACGUUUGCAAUCGCGUUGUCCUGAAGAAGCUUUGCACAAAUGUCUUCUUUCUUAUAUGUGGUUUCAAUGAGAAGAAUUUAAAUGAGUCUAGAGUGAAUGUGUAUACAUCACACUCUCCUGCGGGAACCUCGGUGCAAAACUUACGACACUGGGGCCAGAUUGCUAAACACCAUAUGUUUCAAGCUUUUGACUGGGGAAGCAAGGCCAAGAAUUAUUUUCAUUACAACCAGACUUGCCCUCCCGUGUAUGACUUAAAAGACAUGCUUGUACCCACUGCUUUGUGGAGUGGGGACCAUGACUGGCUGGCAGACCCCAGUGACGUCAACAUCUUGCUGACUCAGAUCCCCAACUUGGUGUACCACAAGCGCCUCCCUGACUGGGAACAUCUGGAUUUUCUCUGGGGUUUGGAUGCCCCCUGGAGGAUGUAUAACGAAAUAGUCAAUCUAUUGAGGAAAUACCAGUGAAAACCUGACUUGAGAUAUAUACCCUUUAGUAGGGCAAAAAGAUGUUUGCUUCAUUUCUGUAAAAUGCUUGUGUUUUCCUUGCCUAGAUCUUUUGUUUUACAUGCAAGAAGAUGAUGGCUUUGAAGGUAUCUGUGCUCUCUAGUUAGUUAGAAGCACUCUAGUUGUCUUAUGCUUAAUUAUGACUAACAAGCUAGCAUCACAGCCAGUGAUGCCUUUUGAAGUCUUUAAAAGGUGUGGGUGUUAUGUGAAAAUGUCAUCGUAAUCAUUAUGUUACUUUUUACUAUUGUUUUUGGUGUAAGCAUGCCACUUAUACAUGCGUAUGCGUGUGCUAUGUACUGGUCAGACCUGCCUUGUGUGGAGGUCAGGGCUAGUAUCAGGAUGUCUUCUUCAGACACUCAUCAUCUUAUUUUUUGAGGCAGGGUCUCUCACUGAACGUGGAGCUUGCAUAUUUCAGCUAGACUGGCUGACCAAUGAACCUCCAGGAUCUGCCUGUCUCUACCUUCUCUCUCAUCAGUGCUGGGCUUAUAGGUACAUGAUGCCCCAUCCAGUGUUUUUACUUUGGUUCUAGGGGCAUAAACUCAGGUUCUCAUGCUUGUGGAUCAGGCACUUUGCCCACAAAACCAUCUCCCCAACCCAUCUGUAAUUUAAAAGCUAUGCAAUUACCUUUCUAUUCCCACCAAACACAAGUGAGAACGUAUAGGACACUUCAAGCUAUCAUUUUUGUUAGCAAAAACAAAUCUGUCUCUUCUUUGAACGCAGUAUGAAAAAUACCUUGUUCUGGGCUUGACAUGGGUCCUGGGGAGACCAAGGCAGGAAGACUGCUGCUAGAUUUAGGGCUUAUCUAGAGAGUGAAACUUUAUCUCCCCCCCAAAAAAACCAACCAACCAAACAAACAAACAAACAAAAAACCAAAGACAAAGGAACAACAAAACCAAAGUGCUCAGUUCUCUUUUCUUUGCCUUAGAUGCUCUCCAGCCCAGUGUUCCUGUGUUUACCUGCCUCAACAACAUUUUUCAUGUUUUUAUGCACUAACUACCUAGUCAAAUCCAGUGUUACCCCAGCCUUGUCAGGAAUAUUCUUUCUUCAAGUUUUACCAAACCUCAAUAACAAGUGUUUAGCAAAUAUUCAGAUUUUUUAGGCUAAGUCAAAGAAAAAAAAAAAAGCCAAGAAUCGUGUAAAGCAGAUUGUACUGAAUAAUAAUAAUAAAAAAUCUCUUGUAAACACCUUGAAGGUUGAUCUACUCAGCUGUGUGUGUUCAUCAGGUCACUUUUCUGUGAAGAAACUCCCUGUGGAGGGACAAACCACUCAUUUUUCAGAAGGGAAUGCGGUUGCUGUGAUGGUGUGUGUGUGAAGCCAAAGUUGGCUGCCUGUGACAAGUGUCCUGGUUAAUUUUUCACACAAAUGAACUGGAUAUUCUCAGAUCAACGCUCAGCUCAGGAAUUCGAUUCUGAAAACCAGUGUUGUAUGCUCUAUACUGUGUGCAGAAAACCUGCAUUUGUCUGCUCGCUAUUGUCAGCUGAAUGGCUAGUUGAUAAGUUUUCUGACCUAGUUACCUUAGAUGCAGCAAUAUUACUUGAUAUUGGCUCAUACAUGCAGACAGAAUGAUACAACUUUGUAACAUUUUAAAGGUUCGUAUUUGAACUUUUCAAUAAAGCUCAGCCUCACAGGCCUGAACAAUUA